AUGGCGAUUUCCCCGAAAGAUCCCGGCGCGCCUUGGCUGGCGGCCAAGCUGGCGGUGCGGCCGCGCCGGACUUCAGCGCAUGCUAAGUUAGCAUCCUCGCGCCCGUGCGCCCAGGAGGGCAACCCCGCGAGCGGAAGCAACGACGCGGAUUCGGGGGAGCCCGCCGCAGAUCCCACGGGCGGCCCGCGGGGCGGAGCUCUGUAUUUCCCCAGGAAGAAGAAGAAGGCGGAGCCAAUGCCAACUGUCAAGGUCUCCCAGGACCAGGAGGAGGUGCCAUCCCACGAGUACAACAUGACCUUUAAGAAGCUGGGCAAAUGUAUCAUCAUCAACAAUAAGAGCUUCGAUAAAUCAACAGGGAUGAGCACCCGGCACGGGACUGACAAAGACGCCGAGGCUCUUUUCAAGUGCUUCCGAAGCCUGGGCUUCGAAGUGGCCGUCAGCAACAACUGCUCUUGUGAUGAGAUGGAGUCCUUGCUUAAACAAGCCGCGGAAGAGGACCACACGGAUUCCGCCUGCUUUGUGUGCGUCCUCUUAAGCCACGGCGAAGAGAACUGCAUUUAUGGAACAGACGGGGUGGUCCUCAUCAAGGACUUGACCUCCUGCUUCCGGGGCGACAGAUGCAGAACGCUUUUAGGGAAACCCAAGCUCUUCUUCAUCCAGGCUUGCCGCGGGACCGAGUUGGAUGACGGGAUCCAGGCCGACUCAGGCACUGUGGGGGACACUGAUCCUGAUUCCCAAUACAAGAUCCCAGUGGAGGCGGACUUUCUCAUCGCUUAUUCCACUGUCCCAGGCUAUUACUCGUGGAGGAGCCCGGGAAAAGGCUCCUGGUUUGUGCAGGCCCUCUGCUCCGUCCUGAACGAGCACGGGAAAACCCUGGAGAUCAUGCAGAUCCUCACCAGAGUGAACUGCAAGGUGGCCAGGGACUAUGAAUCCCGUUCUGACAACCCCAGCCUCCACUCGAAGAAGCAGAUUCCGUGUGUCAUGUCGAUGCUCACUAAAGAAGUCUACUUCAGCAAAAAACGCCACCCCGAGGGUGCCGUCUAGCCCAGAAGCUGUGUACGCAUCCAUCAUCUCUUCAUGAAUCAGAUCUAUUUUUGGAGGCUCUUAAAUUAUCCAAAAUUUCUAAGGUAUUGUAAUUUUAGGGAAAUGGACCAAUCAAACGGAAGAAACAGUGUGGUGCUGUCUUAAUGUCUCUCUGAUUUUUCUUUUUCAGCCACCUUUUGUUUCCUCUAGUAGAUGACUCAGCAGUGCUCUCUCGACGUUAGAGUAUGUUUGUGUUUCUUCUACCUUGUUUUCACUCUUAGAACACAACACCAGUGACCUCCUAGGUUGAUACGUGACUGUGCGCACUCAGAUAGGCGUUGACCUCAGUAGAAAACCAAAUCCAUAUCUGCACCUGGCCAAAAAACAUGAAGCACUCAACAAAGAACAGCAGAGGGGAUAUACGUUCACCCCUAUUUCAGGAUAUGAGUGUGGUUUGAGGGAUUUACUUAUUUAUUUAUUAUUGGCUUGGGAUCUAAAUGCACCGAUAAGAGAAGAAAAUAGAUAUCCGUCUGGAUCGAGUCAAGAAAACCCAAACCACUGUCGGUGUGUCAACAGAGGGAAUUUAAUAACAGGGGGUUGAUGGACAUAGAUGAUACAAGAAAAGCUAGACAGUAUAAAGCUGCGACUAUGCCUGUGGCUAUGAGGGUCAGACAAGGAGUGGACCCCAGAGUCCAGAAGUUGAGACAAUCCAUAGGAACUAGCCCCGCGCUAGCGGUUUCCCAGUGGCAGGUGGGACUUGGGGGGGAAAUGUGGGAAAUGGUGCCAUGCAGGGACAAAGCCGCUGCCUGCACUGACAAAGCCAGUACUAAAAUCAGAUAUGGAGAGACAUGCCCUGUUCCUACCCACUGGCUUCCACCCGCACGUUUACAUCCCACUCUUAUCUGGAAGCCAGCAGGCAGAACAAGAGAUCAUGAGGCCUGGGAGAAGGAAUGGACAUAAUAAGCUUGACAUAUAAUGUGAAUAUAAAUAAUCCAUAUAGUCAUUUUAGUCACCAAGUUGCCGUGCAAUCUAUGUAUUUCUCCUGUGUGCAAAACAAUCUGCUGUAGCCUAAAAACAUACUUGAAACUAUUAGAUUAUUCCAAGCCUCCUUUUGAAUAGAACUGUGAUAGGUGGAGGAAUUUUAUGGCAAAGGUUCUUGCACUUUGUUCCCAAACUGGUGUUAUCUUCAGAAUUCUUCAUGAAGCACUGUUGUAUGUUGCCUAAUUGGUUCAUCGGUUAACGUUCCUGUUUACUGACUAGCAUGUAGUUGCUUAAUUGUUAACCCCCAUUUCCUUUCCUUGUGAAGUUCUUGUGGCCAAUAAGGAAGUGAGAACAGAGACUAGAGACCAGCUAACUUGAGCGGAACCCACUGCAGUCGUUUUUUCUUUGCAGGUGCUAAUAAAGGAAUAGGUACAUAGUCAUUUAGGAAUGGUUCGCCCUUCCUCACAUAGGAAGCAUUAACCCCUAAAGCUGUUUGUGAUCAUCGA